AUGGCAAUCAUCUCAGACUCAGUGACCUUCGUAAUCCAACACGCGACAAGCAUCCUUCUUCUUCUCGUCAUAGUCCAUCUCAGUCGCAAUUAUCUUAAGCCGGGUGUUUCAUCUGUACCGGGGCCAUUCCUCGCAGGAUUAUCCAAUGUCUGGAGAUUCAUUGAUGUGGCGAAUGGGCACGCCGAAGCCAGUUUGUACAAACUACAUAAGAAAUACGGGGACUAUGUUCGAUUGGGUCCAAAUGUUGUCAGUGUCUGGGAUCUGGAUUCGCUGAAAGUGAUCUAUGGAAUCAAUAAAGGUUAUCGAAAAACUGAAUUCUAUCAUGUGCAACAACAAUUAGCCAAUGGCAGACCAACUCCUACCCUAUUCACCACCACAGAUGAAGAAUAUCAUGCCUCAAUCAAACGCCCUAUCUCGGCUGCAUAUUCCAUGAGCACGUUGACUGAAUUUGAGCCAUUUGUUGACAAGACCAUUCAGACUUUCUUUGCAAAGCUGGACAGGUUUGUGGAUCAAAGGAAGGUCUGCGAUAUUGCUUCUUGGUUGCAAUAUUAUGCAUUCGACGUUAUUGGCGAGUUGACAUUCAGCAAGCCGCUUGGGUUCCUGGAGAAUGGGAACGAUGUAGAUGGCAUCAUUGCUGCACUGGAACGCAUGCUUGACUAUUCUGGCAAGAUUGGCCAAAUGCCUUGGCUCGACUAUUUGUUCAUCAAGAACCCUCUUCGGCAGCUUAUCCAGGGGGGUUCAACUGGUGCUGUGGCUCGCUUUGCACGUGCUCGAUUGAAUGAAAGACUUCAAGAGUCACAGUCCAGUGAAAAACCUACCAGCAAGGUAGCCCAUCCAGCACACAGGGAUUUCUUGGCACGUUUCUUCGAAGCCAAAAAAGAACACCCGGGUAUUGUGACGGACAAUCAGAUCUUCUCAUACACGAUCAGCAAUUUAAUUGCUGGUUCCGACACCACCGCUAUUUCACUCCGGGCAAUUCUUUAUUACACGCUAAAAUCUCCUAGGGUGUCAAGAAAGCUGCACGACGAACUGAAAAGUGCUUACCAAGCAGGUCGAAUCUCCUGUCCUGUCUCCUGGAAGCAAAGUCAAGAGGAGCUACCUUAUCUCGACGCCGUGGUUAAAGAAGCGCUCCGCCUGCAUCCGGCAGUGGGUCUGUUACUCGAGCGCAUCGUACCCACAGGAGGACUACAACUUCCUAAUGGCGGUCCCUUCUUGCCUGCAGGAACGAUUGUCGGAGCCAACCCGUGGAUAAUCCACCGCCAUUCUUGUUUCGGGGAGAAAGUCGACUUGUUCAUUCCUGAGCGAUGGCUGCAGAUGGAAGGAGAGUCAGAGGAUGAGUAUCAAGCACGGAAACAGCAAAUGCUACGAGCGACCUUUACGUUUGGAGCGGGGCCUCGGACGUGUAUAGGCAAGAACAUCAGUCUGCUGGAGAUCUAUAAGCUGAUCCCAUCACUCUUUUUGACCUUCGAGAUCACUUUAGAGAACCCGGAGAAGGAAUGGACAACGGUUAAUGCUUGGUUUGUGCGGCAAAAACACAUGGAUGUACGGUUGACCCAUCACAAUUAA